AUAUUUUCUGAACAAACGUCUAAAAAUUAAAAGUGUUUGCAAUAUGACAACUUCGUAGUGUCGUCUCUUUCAAAUCUAUACGUGUAAGCGUAAACGGAACGACACUACUGCUACGACGAUACAGCAGGUAAGGUGAGUGUGGUAGUAAGGUAGAAGUUGAGUUUGACAGUUUUGACACUGACGUACAACGUCAAAAAUGUGAUAGUUUUUCUUCCAGAGUUGAACAGUUUUCGUAAAUUUCGGUAAUAAAUUUAGGCUCAUAAAAUACUAUGGGAAAGAAAAAUAAGCAAAUGAGGAUGGAAGCGAAGAUCAAGAAAGUAAAGAAUAAACUUAAAAAAGUUAAGGGACAAGGAAGAAGGGGAAGAUAUUUUAGUUUGUUUGAUUCAAAAAAUGAAGAAGAUGACCCUCAAAAACAAGAUUUACCAAGUAGUGGAACACGCAAUUCAGUGAAAGGGAAUUCAAACAUAAAGAAAACUUUGCCACAGGUGGUACUGGAUAUACCUUUGGUUGUAAUAGCCCAAGUAGUGUCAGACAUAAAAGAAAUUGAGAAGCUGGCUGAAAAAGAGACAAUACAUUUAAAUACAGCACAGUCUUUUCAAAGGAAGACCCUGAGUCAACCUGCAUCACAAGACCCUCCGCCAAGUGGCUGGAUGCUGGGGGGAUAUAAGCGUACACCAGUGAAUACAUCUGAUUUUAUACCAAUACAAACAAAACGCCAAAAAAAUUCUAAUCAUGGAAAGUCUAAAUGGCCUGCCAGGUCACAUACACCAAUAGAGACAAAAUUAAAACCUGCACCAGUGGAAAGCCUUGAUUUUAUUUCAUUUAAUUCAGAUAAUGAAUGCAAAAGCCAAGCUAAACAAACUGGUAUAAAGGUCCCAGCAGCAAAAUGUUCUGAUUAUAUUUAUUUUAAAACUGAACAUAACUAUGAGAUGGAGAGAAAUGUAAAACCGACACCAGUGGAAAGCCUUGAUUUUAUUUCAUUUAAAUCUGAAGCCAAAUGCAAAAGCUAUUCUGAAUCCCAGCUGCCUAAAGAGACUGGUACAAAGACACCACCAGCAAAAAGUUCUGAUUUUAGUUCGUUUAAAACUGAAACUAGUGAGGUGCCAAUUACAAAAAUUGAGAACAAUGGAGAUUCUGACCAUGACAGUGAACCUAGCCCUUCCACAUCAAAAUGUACAAAUGAUGAUAUCACAACCAAAGUUAUCAAAACAAAAGCUGAUUUUUCUGAUGAAAGAAUAAAAGAACUGGUACCAAAACAUGAAAAUGAAGAUAUCAAAACUGAUAUAAUUUUAAUUGAAUCUGACUCAGACUCUGAUGAAGUAAAAUGUCUUCCAAAAAGGGAACCCAUAAGAGGUGGGGAACAUUACAAAUAUGGCUAUAAAGACAUUAUAACAGGGACAUUUGAGGAAAAAUUGGAUGAAAGCCUUGCUAAAAAUGAAUCUAUUUGUACAAAAACAAAAGGUAAUGACUGUUUGAGUAUUGCUUUACAUGAGGAGUUUCAGGAUAUGAUUACUAGACCACAAUUCAAAGACAUGAUGGUGUUCCGUGAGCGAUUACCUGCAUUUCGGCGAUCAGCAGAACUUCUAGAUGUUCUUAAUAAUAACCAGGUGGUGGUGAUAAGUGGUGAGACUGGUUGCGGCAAAUCAACACAGGUCCCACAGAUUAUCCUAGACAAUGCCCUAUGCCAAAACCAAGGUGCCUAUAUACACAUAUUAGUGACUCAACCUAGAAGAAUAGCGGCUUCAUCAUUAGCCAGCAGAGUUGCCCAAGAGAGGGCUGAAAAAUUGGGCAAUUCGGUCGGAUAUGCUGUGCGAUUAGAAAAAUCAGAUUGCAGACCUCGUGGGAGCAUCAAGUACGUAACUACUGGCAUACUUUUGGCAGACUUGGAAGUAAAUCAAGGUUUAACGAACUUCAGCCAUAUCAUAUUGGAUGAGGCUCACGAGAGGGAUAGCCAUUUGGAUUUAUCUAUGUGCGUGUUGAAACAGGUACUUGAAAAUCGUAACGAUUUACAACUUAUCCUGAUGAGCGCAACCAUGGAUACUCAGCGAUUAAGCACUUAUUUUGAUGACUGCCCUGUCAUUCACAUUGAAGGUCUGUCAUACCCGGUGAAAGAUUUUUACAUAGAGGAUAUUUUGACUAUGACAGGAUACAGAAUUCCACCAGUCCAGGGUGUUACAAAUGAUGAAGACAGAAAUGGAAAUGAAACGACGGGUGGUCUAAGUAAGCAAGAAAAAGACAGGAUGUAUAAAGCCAAAAUAGAUCCCUGGCUGAAAAGCUUCAACGGUAGAUUGGAUAAAGAUGUAUACACAACACUCCAAGAUCGAAGAAUCGAAAAAUUAAACUUCAAUUUAAUUAUUGCUCUUCUAGUACACAUAUCUAGGGGUCCACCAGGUGCUGUGCUAGUAUUUUUACCCGGAAUCCAUGAAAUAUUCAAACUAAUGCGAAUGAUAAAUGAAAGUGAGAUGUUCCCUCAAUCAAACUAUCAUAUUUACCCAUUGCAUUCGAAACUGCCCACAAUAGAGCAGCAUAAGAUAUUCAAGAGACCACCUCGACACAUUAGGAAAAUAAUAAUAGCUACAAAUAUAGCAGAAACGUCUAUAACUAUUGACGAUAUAGUAUAUGUUGUGGACUGUGGCAGAGUAAAAAUGAAAGGGAUGGAUGUGGAACACAACAUUUCGACACUAGAGACUGAAUUUGAGUCUAAAGCGAAUUUAAUGCAAAGGCGAGGCCGCGCAGGUCGUUGUCAGCCAGGCAUCGCCUAUCACUUGAUGACGUCAUACCGCUCACAAAACAUCCCAGAACGUCUUUUACCAGAACUACAGAGAUGCAACUUGCUCGAGGCGGUAUUGGAGAUCAAAAAACUGCGUCUGGGCAACGCAAUAGACGCGUUUCAAUUAGUUCCAGAUCCGCCAGCAAAUGUUACCGUGGAAAAUGCUGUGAGGCAUUUGCAAAAAUUAGGUGCUCUAAAUGGUGAAGAACAGCUUACCCCUCUGGGGUGGCACCUCGCUCGGCUGCCAGUGCAUCCAGCGGCCGGUAAACUGCUUUUAUUUGGUGCACUAUUUGGUUGUCUCGAUCGUGCCGCCUCCGUCGCUGCCGUUUGGGGCUUCAAAGACCCCUUCAAGCUCAUUCUUGAUAAGGAGUACGAAAUAAACCAAGCUAAACGCAAGCUGGCUCUAGGGGAACCUAGCGACCAUGUCGCUAUAUCAGAGGGAAUUAUACAAUGGGAACAGUUAGAUCGUGAAAAUCAGAGUCAGUUCGCUCAAGAACAUUUUCUCUCAGAGAACACACUGAAACUGCUGUCGCAAAUGAAAUGUCAGCUGUGUGGUAAUCUGCGUCGAAUGGGAUUCUUGGCAUCGAAGAAUGUUCGCUUGUCGUGGGAGAAUCGGAAUGCAGACAAUCUGUAUAUUUUUAAAGCGAUUGUGGCUGCUGCGUUGUAUCCAAAUAUCGCUAUUGUUAGAUGGACAAACCUGCAUAACCCUGAGAAACAAACCAUACUAAACAUCUUAACACCUGAAGAUGGGAGAGUCCAAUUGCAUCCAAGCAGUAUGAUGUUUGUUCCUCAACGAGGCCCUAUGGUACCGCUGUGUAAUAAGCCUGGGGCAAACUGGCUGGUGUAUUGGAUGAAGCAGAAAUCUUCAGAAUUGUUCCUUUUCGACGUCACGCUGGUCUUUACUUUACCCUUGUUGUUGUUUGGAGAGUUGGCAGUGAGUGAAGUGAAAGAUUCUCCCGAAGAAUGCUACUUAUCUGCGUCGACGGUAAAAGUCUGCUGUCUGAAGGGAACAGCUGACGUCAUCUUCCGGCUUCGAAACUUGCUGGACCAGGUCCUGGCCUCCAUGGUGGAGGAAACCAGCGAUAGGUCUACGCGUUAUAGUGAAUUUGAUAAUUUAGUGUUUAAGGCUGUGAUAGAUCUCAUGACAUUAGAAGAUGAGAGACCUGAGGGCUUGGAGGACGAAUUCUCGGAGUCUGAUAGCUCUGACUGUGAAGUCGUAUGCGACAUGAAGCCUGAAGAUCGUUACCCUGUUAUUGUUAUUGAUUAAAUGUGUUUAAUUGA